GCCCAAGCCAAAAGACAAGCUGUGGGGAUCGGAAAUCAGUACCUGAGCCUUUGCAAAGUGCCUCAAGGUCAAGGCCAUGAGCAAGCUCGGCAUGGAAGAGCACACCACUUUUUUCCUCAAGUUUUUGGGUGUAUUGUUCUUCCUCAUGACCUUUGGACAAGUUGGUCAGCUGGCUUAUUGUUGGCUGAUGACUGGUGGGCUACUGUGGCUGGCGCUGACAUCUGGUUUGGGCUUUUCGCACGAUGACUCUGUUGCAGUGCUUGCAGCAGUUUUUGGGCUCCGUGCGAUUCCCUUCAUCGGUAAGCGACUGAUGACCCUGGCAGCAACAUACCCGCUAGCCCUGACUUUCAGAUUCGCGUCGAAAAUUCUGCCCAAGUACACCAUAGAUGAGGCUCAGUUUUUCUCUUGCGAUGGCUGCUCGGAUGAAGUAGCUGCGCGACGAAAGGCAUCGCUUCAAGAACUGAGUGAGAAAUGGAAGAAGAAAUAUCCCAAAUGCCAAGAAUUCUCACUGGAGUUGAAGAAGAUGAUUUCAGACCUUCGGUUCACUUCUGCGCGCUGUUUUCCUGCAUUCAACGGUGUUGUGCAGAAGUACUUAGAUCCAUCAAUGGCGCUUGAUCGCACCGAAGGUGUUGAUGUGGUCGACAUCGAUGAGAACAGCGCCAUGGACAUCUCUGGCUCCUAUGGCGUCAACGUUUGUGGAUACGAGAAGUACAAGGAGUUCAUCGAAGAGGGUUGGACUACGGCCAAAAAGCAAGGGUUGUUCCUGGGAUCGUUGGACAAGACGGUUUUAGACAACAUUGCCCGGCUCCGCAAGAUCUCUGGACAACCAGAGGUGUCAUUCCACAUGUCAGGUACUGAAGCGGUAAUGUGUGCGGUGCGAGUUGCCCGCUUCAACACUCAGAAACCUUUGGUGGUGACAUUUGGUGGUGCGUACCACGGCUGGUGGGAUGGCAUGCAGCCAGUGGCAGGAAAUGAACGCCUGCCAAGCGAUGUGCUCUGUUUGAAGGACAUGAGCAACCUCUCCCUCAAGGUGAUUGAGGCUAGGAGCAGCGAAAUUGCUGCGGUGCUCGUCAACCCCCUCCAGUGCUUUCACUUGAACCAGUCACCACCUAGUGAUCCUGUCCUUUCGUCGAACAAUCGCAAGGUAGGUCCAACGCCAGGCUACAAGGAGUGGCUGCAUCGCUUGCGUGAUACCUGCAAGCAAGGAGGAAUUCCUCUCAUUUUUGACGAGGUGUACACCGGCUUCCGGUUGCAUCCCAGAGGAGCCCAAGGGGCAUACGACGUGAAGGCAGAUAUUGUUUGCUACGGGAAGACCCUGGGCGGCGGCCUGCCUAUUGGUGUGGUCUGCGGACCGACAGAUUUGAUGGCUCGAGGCGAUGCCAAGAAGGCAGCUCGGGUCAAUUAUGUCAUCGGUACCUUUGCUGGCCAUCCAUUUGUCAUGGCUAGCAUGAACGCCUUCUUGAAGUGGUUGGAGCUACCAGAAACUAUAAAGUCGUAUGACGUGAUGCAUGCCAACAUUGACAAUUUCAUCAAGACAGCAAACGCUAAGUUCCAGGAGAAGGACUACCCCAUUCAGUUGACAAACUGGUUCUCAGUGUGGUCCAUUUUGUACACCAAACCCGGCCGAUACCACUGGCUUUUCCAGUAUUUCUUGAAGGAUGCAGGCGUCAGCCUCAGUUGGGUCGGCACAGGAAGGCUUCUUUUCUCCCUUGAGUGGAAGAAAGAAGACUAUGAUAGGCUGCUUGAACGAUUACUAUCUGCUUGCGAACAGAUGCAGAAGGGCGGCUGGUGGGAGGAGCCCAAGGCCAACAUCAAAGCGAAACUGGGUGUUGAAAUUGGCACAGCGGUCUUCAAAAACGUUCUUGGCCUGACGGGUUAAGCUCAUAGCCACAUAGUGUGGAGCUCCGAGACUUUGCAGGUCCAGCAGACUGUAUGGUACAGUCCAUGGCACAGUCCAUGGCGCAGUCCAAAGGACUCGAUUUUCCGCGCUUCGCUCAACAAGCGAACUCUGCGAAACCAACUGCACCAGGCAGUUUUCGAUGUCAAGUCUGUUGAGAGCCACUGCAGGUGGCGCUCGACCCUCCAACGGCACUUGGACUCAAACCACCAAAAGUCGGUUCCCUGCGCAAAGCUUGCAGCCAAAAGGGAUGGCAGCUG